AUGUUAUUGUCAGUCGCUACGAGGUCAUGCAAGCAAAGUCGAAUAUGUCAAUGUACAGCCAAACCAACAAACACGUUGCUAUGGCUAAGAGAGUCUAGUAAACAACUCUACAUCAAAAGACGUCUAUCUACCAGCAGUAUCCACCAUCGACAUCAGUCCAAAAAAUCAACUUUUGAUACUACGAAUUACAAACAAUUAACACACACUUGGACACCAAAAUAUAUUACAUUUAGACCUUUAUCAACAGAGACAAAACUGACGGAUGUGGAAACAAAGCAUGUAGACAGGCAUUACGAUGAUAUAUUAUCGAUUGCUCUGGAUCAGUCAAAUGUUUCCAUUGCACAGUCGCUUGUAGACACAACAUUCGGUCUACUGCGAAAAGGAAAACCAGAGCUGGCUUGGGAGUGCUAUCUAGAUCUGACGAGCCGAAAUCAGCAACGGCAUGUAUCUCGCGAGCAGUACAAACAGCUGAUUAAAUACUUUAAUCACCACAAGAGCAACAAUGAGCAAGGGUUGGAAUACGUAUUGACAUUGGUAGAAGACAUGAAACAGCUCGGCUAUCAAGUGGGGCGAAAGGAGAAGCUGCUAGUGAUGCGUCUUCUUGGUUUAAACGGAAAUCUACCAGCCAUGGAAAAAGUGUUUGAAGACUUGAGUAAAGAGCAACUUUUAGAAAUCACAGAUCCAGCCGCAGCUCAAAAGCCAUUCAACAUCAUGCUCACAGCUUACAACGAACACACUGACAAGGUUGGAGCGAGGAUUGCAGCAGAGAAAUCAAUGCGAUUAUACGGAGAAAUGCUGGACCGCAACAUUCAGCCAGCUGAGUCAACAACUCGCUUGCUCAUCAGCAAUAUUCGCACAGCAGAAAAUUCAGAUGAAAUGGUGGAAGACGUCUGGAACUGGGUGUGGACGAAGAUUGGCAUGAAUGUCGGCGGAAAAACAAAGGAGUUGGAGCCAUCACUGUAUAGAGGCAUGGUGCUGUAUUUUGCCAGUGUGGGUCGAGCUGAAUAUGCACUCGAAAUCAACGACAUCAUGACAAAGAAGCAGAUUGCUCGCACAGUGCCUACCAUGACGGCAUUGAUUCAUAAAGUCGGACGAGCUGGAAAUAUCGACAAGGCUAUGCAGCUAUUCAACGAGAUGGUGAUUGUGGAGGGUCUCAUCCCUACUGCAGUGACAUUCAAUGCGCUUAUCGACAUUCACGCACACAAAAAACCAGCACCAGAUGUGGCAGGAGCCAACAGAAUGUUCGACACCAUGCGAGAGGUUGGACUGCACCCCGACGAUGUAACCUUUGGUACAUUGAUCGAUAUGUAUGCUAAACAAGGCGAUCUUGCCAGUGUCAAACGAGUGUAUAAGGACAUGGUGCACAAGUAUCAUUUCGACGCAAGCCCGUAUGUGUACUCUUCGCUUAUUGAAUGCUACAUGAGGCUCAACGACAAAGAUUCAGCAAUGGAGGUUCUGACUCUGCUAAAAAAGCAAACCCAUCGCCGUGUUCCUGUAGCUCGUGAAGCGCAGAAUCUCAUGUUUAAAGGUCUGAUAGAGAACAACUACAUUGCAGAAGGCAUCGAUUUGUUGGGGGCAAUGAUCAAGGACAAAUUUCAAGUCAAUGUCCAGACAUUUACACCACUACUGUCGUAUUAUGCCAACCAAGGUGACACGGAAGGUGCGCAUAAAGUUGCUUCCAUGAUGACACAGGCUAAUGUAAAGCCCUCACUCCAAACCUAUUCCUGCCUGCUGAAAGCAUACGCUAAAGCAGGAGACAUUGAAGGCGCCGAGAACAUAUUCAACAUCUACACACAAAAAUACCGACCAAAUGCAAACGUUUACAACGCUCUAUUGUAUGUUUAUACCAAGAAAAAUGAAAUGGACAAGGUGUUGGAUACUUACAAGCGCAUGUCGGCAGCCUAUGUCCCAGCCAACGUGUAUACAUAUGGUAUCCUGAUGAAUUUCUACUCGAAACGCAAGGAAUUGAAGGCCGUCGAAGCACUCAUGGAAACAAUGCAGUCAAGCAACAUAACACCGAGCGUUACCUGCUGGACCAUCUUGAUGCAAGCUUAUUUCGAGUGCGAGAAACCAGACAAGGGUCGAAGAUUGAUAGAGCAAAUGACUCAAGCUGGCUUGGAACCGUCAAAUGUGUCUUGGGCUAUACUGAUCUCUGGAUGCAUCAAAUCAAACGAGCUGGAUUUCGCAGAGUCUGUUCUCGAUGAAAUCAUUGAAAGAAGCAGACGCUUACGUGCACCUCCAAUGUUACUCAGUGAUAGCAAUCGCUUGUCAGAAGGAGCAUAUGCAAAGGUUAUCCCAGAAACCAUCGAGGACGUCUUGAAUAAAUCUCAAAAUCUCAUGCAAUCCAGGUCUAGCAUUCCAUCUCACCUUUUCACACCCAUCAUCGAAGCAUACAGCAAGCGAGGCGAUUUCGACAAGGCCAAGAGCGUAUUCAAGAACAUGUGCGACUUGAAGGUUGCCGUUACGGUUGAAACUUACACUAUGAUCAUGAAUCUGUUCAAGCGAGAGAACAAGUUUGAUACUGUGGAGUUGCUUUGGAAUGCACUAUACAGGCCGUCGAAUGAACAAACCCAUGUAGACAAUGUAGAUCCUUUACUGCCCAAAGUGCCAUUACCCGUCAAAACUUACAGCUAUACAAAUCUACUCACUUUGGAUGAAGACGGUGCUGAUGAAUUAACAAAAGUAGUGACAAACCAAGUGACAUCAUUUGCUUUAUCAAUCUAUAUCGACACUUUAAUGGCUCAGGAGCGCACAGAUGACAUUCAGACACUAUGGCAACAGCUGACAAAUGAAGGCUAUCGUUUUGAUGAGCAGAAUUGGAAUCGCUACAUUACGUCCUUGAUCACAUCUGGAAAAUUAGACGAAGCCUGCACUCUAGCUUAUCGUGAGUUCUUUGAUUCAAAAUCAAGGCAAGAUGUGGGCAACAAAGUAGGCACCUACAAAUCGAUUCGAAAAAGAGACGAUAUUUCUAUAUCAAACGAUAACCAGCUUCAUACCCGUACUUGCGCUUCAUUUGCCGAUGCUUUCCAGAUCACUGGUGCUGAAAAAAUGGGCGAACCUAGACUUCGUUCGGCCGUGAGUGCAAAAAUUAAAGAACACAUGCAUCAAAAAGAUAGAUUAGAUCAGAAAUUGUAA